AUGCCCCACGACACUGUGUUGUCCCUGGCCGGGCCAUUCGGCGAGCCCGGAGCUUUAGAGGUACGCAGCGGUCAAGCCAUGUCCACUCUCCUGUUCUUGCCAGAGCUGAUGUCCGCACAAGCCACGGGCCCGGGCUUCGCGGGCUAUGCGAUGUCCGCCCAAGCCCCGGCAGAUCGGAAACAGGCGGCCUACAAGGAGCGUCCCAAGCACAAGAAGAAGUUGGCAUUCGACGAGGGGCAAGGGAUGCUGGUUGCCGCCUCUUCCGACAGUGAGGAUUCGCGGAGCAGCAGCAGAAGUGCGACUUCAAGCCAGGAAGCCGAGACGGACGGCACAGCGCCGUCUCAGCUGCAAAUUGCUCCACCGGCUGAGGCCGGCACCAGCCAAACUACUUUGUCACUGCCCGUUCUGGUCGAGAAGGAGCACCGUGGUUCCUGUGCGUUCUUCUUUCUGCCCGUCCGGAUGCAGCAACUCUCGGAAGGGCCGGCGCAAUCCUCGGAUGCUACCUUCAAAAGGCUUUCCAAAGGAACCCACGCCCAGACGAACGGCGGGGUCAUCUUGCUCCAGCAGGUUUCAGCCAUCGUAAAUUUGGCUGACGCACAUUUGGACAGCACGUGCCAGGGCGUUUGGGAUCCUGUCCCUGCCGUCUCCUUGGCAGCCAGCGGUAGUCCGGGAGUUGCGGCCCGAUCCCACUGCAAAGCAAGCCCGAAGAGCCGGCAGGGCGUUGCAGCCUCUUGGUCGCCAGUCUCAGAGCUUGGCCGGCAGAGCCCGCCACACAUCCUUCGUGCCAAGUUCGUCGUCCAAAGCGAGCUGGAGUUAGAUCUCAAUCUUGAGCUGCGAUUCUGUUGCACAGCUUGCAAUCGAGCCCUGACGCUUACGGCGCGUGGGAAGGUACAUGUGUCCACUUUAUGGCGACCCUUUGACGUGCACUUGUCUUUUGAGUCCGGCAGCGCUGCACCUGCAGCAGGAUACCGCGGCGCCGCCUUUGCUCGUGUCAUCCUUUGCCCCUCCAUGCUUUGCAACCCCACCGCGGGCCUGUUAACGCUUGAAGUGCUUCCGCAAUACCCCGGAGGACCAGGGGUGACAGAGCUGCUGGAAUCCUCGGAAGUGUUCGGGAACGAUGCAGCACACGCUAUCCACGACAAACCUGCUGGCCUGCGGCUGCUCUUGGACACAGAUGGCAGUCCAGCGCUGAUGCUGGACGGAAGGACCCAGGAUCCGGCGACAGGACCUCGGCAACAGCUCUGCGUCGAGGUAUCUUCGAAAGAUGCCAUGCAGAAUGUCGUGCUUGAGAUGCAGGCACUCUCCGGUGCUCGGCGGGUCCUGGUGUCCGUUUGCCUGGCGGCCCUCGGGCCUCUGGGAGACGUGCCGGUGUUAGUCCACCACCUCCAUUUUGGAUCAAGGUGCAGCCUGGCUCUCGUGGCGAGUUUCGAAGCUCGCAGACACCAAGUCGAGUUGCGGGACUCCGAGGUGUUGAAACCGUUGUUGCCGCCUCCGAUGGUUGAGCCCAAGACGUUCUCCGGAGCCACCGACAAGGAACAGAAAAGCCACAGGCUGGCCGAAGGCCUCCGUCAGCUGCCGCGACCCCGGGCUUUCGUCCCAAGCCCGGCUCGCCCGCAAGCAGAGCAGAUCCGCCGCAGGCGAAGCAACUCGGUGGAGCGUGUGGUCUCGCACCCGUUCCUGGAGCGCGGUCUUCAUCACUGGCUAGCACCAUCCGACCCUCUCGUGCACAAGAAGCCAGGACACAUUUGGACGCAGGAGCUCGGAAGAAAGAGACCUGCAUCUGCCAAAGCGACAACUCGUUGCGGUCAAGCGGCAGCCCGCAAGCCCACAGGAUGGGAUGACGCUUCGGAGGCCCGGGACGGCCCCAAGUACCGCCGGGACUUCCUGGCUCAGCAGCAUGCGAAAGUUUGGAAACUGCAGGAGCAGUUGAGCAGAUGCCAUGUGGAGAAGGAGCGCCAAGAGCAACGGUUUGGUCACGUUCGAAGAGCAUUGGCUGCAGCGAAGCAGGAGCUGAACACCCAUGGGCACGAGCGCAAGCCAGGUGUUCGAUCAAGCCGCAAUAAAGAUUCGAGGCUAAAGGGGGAGGCUUCCACCACGCUGGGCCCCGAUCGUGGUCCCCGAUUGGUGGCUGAACAGGUGUGCGUGGUUUGUGGUUGCCUGGUGCCCGAGCGGAGUGCUCGCUACUGUGCAGGGUGUCUGCCUGGUACACAGCGAGAGGCACUGGACCUUCGCAAGUCCGUCGGGAAGAGUCUCGCCACCCAGGCCGCGCUGCAGCGCAAGCUGGAGAUACAGCAAGAGGAGCGUACACAGCUUGAGGUGAAGCAUACCGACUUGGAAGCGAAGCUUUAUGCCGCAGAGACUGGCCGGCCGGACGGCGAGUCGGAGGCCGCUCAGCAGUUGAUGGUAAUGCUGACUCAGCUCAAGACCCUGAAGCUCGACAGCGAGGCCCAGUCCCGGCUGGAUGCGGAGCGUUUGCAGGCCCUACAGCACAGAGAAGCUGUCAUUACGGCAGCGCACCAGGAAGCACAGGCACGCUACAAGAAGGCGACCCGCAGGCACGAGGAUUUGCAGAAGCAGCUGGACAAGGGCAGAGAGAAGGCGGACAUCCUGCUUGGAAAGAUCAGCUCGACGGCGGAAUAG